CCUAAGAGCAAGGAGUAAAAGUGGGACCGGGCCCACAUCCGUGCUCGUUGGCAAGAGCACAGAUGUGGAUGCUCUUAUGACUUUCUUUCCCAUAAAAUUAGUUUAUUUAUUUAUUUUUAACAUGUUUCAAAAUAUACACUACAUUUUCUUAAUUAAAUUAUCUUAAUAUUCACUUAAAUAAGCCUACUUGGAGGCCAAUAUGAAGGACUAUGAGGCCAAUAUCUCUCCCAGCGAAAAGAUAUUUAGGUUACUGGAAAAGGACAAAGCUUUAAAAGCUAAAAGCUAUUUUUUGUUGGCAUAGAAGUGUUCAUGGGCCCCACUUGAUCGUGGUGAAAAAAAGAGCUCAUUUUAUUGGGCCCAAAUUAGUUCCUCAAAAUCUUCAUUUAUCAUAGGUUAAUUAUUUUCAGUUUCCUUCAAAGCUUCCCGCGAAGGACACAGCGGCAAUUCUUUUCACACAGUUUUCUUCACAAACGAAACGAAGCAAAGCAUAUAUUCUUUGCUCUCUUGCACCAUUACUUUUCUUGAUAAAUUAACAGUGCUAAUUUUCCUAACCUCUCCCAAUUCAUUUCAUCCAAAAACUGCCCGAAAUUUCAUUGAAAAAAUGGAGCUCGAGUUAGGACUCAAGUUAACGAACGCUGCCGACGAGUUCGCCUCCGACUUUCUGAUCGCAAAGGACCGUGCCGGCCCCGUGUUCGUGUCUAGAGAAACAGACACCGCAUUCUUCCUCCUCACUGCUCAUCUCAAAGGUUAUAAGAGAAGGAACAUAAAGAUCGACAUAAACGAAGACGGGAGCUUGAUCGGAAUAGGAGGCGAAAAGCAUGUGCAAGAGACCGUCAUGGUGGGGUGGAAAUUGUACAAGAAAGAGACAGAGACAAAGGGAUUCAAGAAAGUUUUCAGAAUUCCACAAGGGGUGAUUCUUGACAAGAUCAAGGCCACAUUCAAUGAGGACGAAUCAACUCUGUCGAUCACCAUGCCGAAGAAAGCAAAAGGAAUCCGUGGUGGCACUGCCAUUGAAGAAGUCAAGGAUAGGCCGGAGCUUGUUAGAGCGGGGUCGGGGAGUUUGCAGAUUGCAGACGAGAAGAGCGCCAUAGCAGAGAGUUCAAACAAGGGGAAAAUCGGAGAAGAUGGUGAAGAGCAACGCCAAGAAAAACCAGUUUCAGAUCACGAUCUCGAAGAUGUAGGGCGGCUAGUUGCACCAUCCAUUCAUGGUGCUCGCGUGGAAGGUGACACGUGCAAGGAAGACGAGGAAAAGCAGAGCAACAUAGAUGAUGUGCAAGAAAUAAAAGAUGAACCGGAUACUUACAAGCAAGAUGUUGAUGAAAGAUCGUAUGAAGGCAGAGCAGAGCCUUCUGCCAUUGAACCUUCUCAAGAAACUCCAGAAGCAAAACCUAGGGCGGGAGAGGAUGAUGAAGAGAGCCCUCGGGAGAAAAGGUUAAAAUUGUGUCUACCCAUCGUUGCUGGUUCAACUCUAUUUCUGACGUUUGUGGCGUUCGUCUUCCAAAUGAUACGAAGCAAGCACCAAACUAGCAGAAAGAGAGAUUGAAUCAGUUUCUGCAGAUUGUCAAUUUGUUUCAAGGAUUUAUUUCAAUUCAUUGCCAUACAAAUAUUAACUCAGUCCAAGAAUCGAUGGAUGUAGACUAACUGCGAAAACUUUGAUCCUUCGAUUUUGACUAAAACUUUGUUCUGACAAUCUAUGGUAACCUAAGGAAAAGCAAAAACUCACAAGAAAUGCAGCAUUCUAU